AUCCAUCAUUAAGAAGGGUAAUAUGGCAUGGCUGUAAAUCCGUCUAGAGCCAGGUGCUGUACCCAUCACUCUACUGAAGAGUGGCAAAGAAUGUCCCAGUUGGAAAAAAAACCUUGAUAUCUCAGCUAGAGUUUACCAGAAGGAAUGUGGGAGGUUCUAAACUCUGAAGUGGAGAGAAGUUUUAUGGUUUUGUGUUAUAAAACAAUUAAAGGUGAAAACUUCCAAGGAGAGUAAAUACUUUUUAUAGGCACUGUGUAUUUGUGUACAUGGACUUAUUUAAUCUUUUUCCCCACCACUUGGCUUUUAUUAUGAUUAUAAAACAGAGUUAAAUUGAUAUCUCCAUUCCUUAAAUUGUAUAUGUCCCGGCCUUCUUUAUGUGCAGUCUCUGCCAUAGAAAAGUAUUGAUAGGUUCAUGUACCACUGAUUAUGCCUCCGCUUGAUGAGAGGGCAGCAGGAUUUGUGUGCAUAUGUUCAAACACCAAAUGGCUAGAUGCAUUUUCACCCAUAGCGAGGCAGUGGGAAUUCUAAAGAGUGACACAUGUACUUUAUCAAUGAUGUUCGAGAUGGCCAUUAGCCAACUUUUGGCCUGUCUUUCCAGCUCCUGUUGGACUUAUAUCAGCAGAUGAGACAGUGUUGUUGACCAUUCAUGCAUUGGACUUGAAACACUUUUGAAGCCUCUGUUCUUUUAAGCUUUGUGAGCUAUAGUCUAACCACAGUAGCAAGUCAGUGAGCCUCUCUCCGCCAAGCCAACACUCUUCGUUGGCAGUAAAAAGGUGCGUCCUUGAUGGGCAAAAACACUCCUUUUUGGGUAAUGUUCACAUCAAUGUGUUUACACGUAGCAUGUAUGAUCUAAUAGACUUACAUUAUAAGAUGGAGUUUUAUGCAGACCAAACUGUGAGUAAAUAAAAAAAAAUAUUUAUAUGACCUCAUGCAUGCCAGGUUUCAGUGGACACUGGAAUGGGAACCAAUUCAAUCCCAAAAUUCCCACUUUGGACUUAGUACUUUUCAUUGCAGAUUUGUGCACAUGUACGGGAGUGUCUGGUUUGUCCAGUGCUUUGUCUUUAGAGAUUUGGACCACUAUUGUGUAUUUGCUAAUCAUUGAUUGUAGUCCUAAAAGCCUUGUGGAAACGUACAUGCCCUACGCAAGUUAUGUAACAUGAAUAAAGAUGACAUUUUCUAAACCACAUAUUUGAAACACUUCAUUUCAUUUUUGGGUGGGUGCAUGGAAUUCUGCAAAUGUCAAUGACCUACUUGAAUGAACUAACCAUUUAUUCGACUAAUAAUAUUAUGACGUGUAGCCUAGGUUGUCAUGUCUGAAAUGAAUGUUCAAUUUAACUAUUAACCAGACCAUCUUGGUUACAUGUAUAUAAGCAUAUAAACUGAACACAAAUAUGUGAAGGGGGUGAGAUGGGUACAAGGCAAAUAGUAAAAAUAGAUGAGCGCAGAUGCCACGCAGUGUGAGGAUUCGUCUAUGUCCAACCCCUCCAGUUCCAGUCGAGUCUACACACUUAUGUAAGCCUUGGUCACUUCGUCUGGCCUGAUUUAAACAGCCAGAAAAAUGCCUCUCCCUGCACACAUAGUUCGCGCCUAGCACUAUGAGACACAUUCGCAGCCAUGUUCUGAGAUAAGAUUAUACAAACAAAUCAUUUCAUAUCAGGGGGGUUGCCGACCGUGGGUUUUGGCUACUCUAUCUGACGUCUGCGCAUGCAUGCCAAAACAGAUUUUUUUUUCCUUGUCUAGGGAUUGAGAACACUUCCGGGUGUAUGGUUGCUCGAGUCUAAACUGGAAUCUGACGACUUUGUCUGAAAUCUUUUUGAGUUAAUUCUUAAGUUUUACCAACAACGGUUUACUACGUGCGAGGGAAAUGUGUUUAUGAUACAAUGUAGCACGUUAAUUUGUUUCAUCGUCUAAGUUCAUUCAUUGCUUCUUUGUAACGCGUCGGCCCAUGAGCAAGCGAACUUCAUAGUUUUAUCAUGACGUCCAGAUGUUGAUGUUGAUUGAAGCAGGCUGUUAAUCCUGUGGACAUCACGUAACUGUUCGGGAUAAGCAAGCCGAGUUUUGACAUUAGUCAGCAGCGCAAACUUGGCCGCCAUGGAUCUUUAUGUUUUUAUUGUAUUUUAUUUACUUUUUAUGGGAGAGACUGCUCGAGGUGAUGUUGAAGAAGACCAUGAACUAGGCACCCUUAGUUCCAUGCUGUCCGACUUUGAGGUUCUGCCCAUGUCCAGGCUCAAGCAACACUCGGUCCGAAAGCGGGAUGUCCAGAUGAACACCCAUAUGGAGAGGCUGCUCAGUUUCACAGCUCUACAAAGGCACUUUAGGCUUUAUCUUACAACCAACACAGAGCUGUUUGCUGAUGACUUCAGGGCUAUGGCUAUGGGGGAGAAUGGGAAUGAGGAGCUGAUAAAAGUGCACAGACAAAACUUCUUCACAGGCCAUGUGAUCGGGGAGGAACACUCUCGAGUCCAGGCUCACAUCGAUGACAACGAGUUCUCAGCCCAUAUCCUCCUCCAUGAUGCAGAGUAUAACAUAGAGCCCCUGUGGAGGUACACCUCGGCAGCAGCACGCGACCGGCUACUGGUCUACCGCUCUGAGGACAUCCACAACAUCAGCCGGCUCGCUUCCUCUAAAGUGUGUGGCUAUGUCAAUGCUGGCCUCCGUGACCUCCUUCCAGAUGGAGUGCAGCUUCCCCACAGCAAUGAUGAUGGGGAGGAAGAGGAGCACAUCAGAGAGACGCGGCAGGUGCACGACCACAGCGUGAACACCUGCCCUCUGCUGCUGGUGGCUGACCACCGCUUCUUCAAGCACAUGGGCCGUGGGGAGGAGAGCACCACCCUCAACUACCUGAUUGAGCUGAUCGACCGUGUGGAUGACAUCUAUAGGAACACAUCUUGGGAUGAUGAGUUCAAAGGUUAUGGUGUUCAAAUCCAACAGAUUAUAAUCAACAAAGAGCCGACUCCAGUAGCACCGGGGGAGCUCCACUUCAACAUGGAGGGAAGCCCGGUGAAGGGAAAGGACGUGUGGGAUGUGAAGAAACUUCUGGAGCAAUUCAGCAGAGACAUAGCUGACAAUGCAUCGCAGGUGUGUCUGGCACAUCUGUUCACCUACCAGGACUUUGACGAGGGCACCCUGGGUCUGGCAUAUGUGGCACCCUCCAAACAGGGCUUCCCUGGCGGUGUGUGCUCUGAGAAGUGCACUCCCUCACCCAGUGACCAAAGAGCCAUAUACCUAAACACUGGGCUGACCAGCACCAAGAAUUAUGGGAAAACUAUAUUAACAAAGGAAGCAGACCUGGUCACCACCCAUGAGCUGGGCCAUAACUUUGGUGCGGUACACGACCCGGAUGACAUGCCGGACUGCGCCCCCCGUGAUGACCAGGGAGGGAAAUACGUCAUGUACCCCAUUGCUGUCAGUGGGGACCACUCCAACAACAAGCUCUUCUCCACCUGUAGUAAGAUGUCCAUCCUGAAGCGACUCAAGUUCAAGGCGCCCUCUUGCUUUCGCGUGCGGAACAGCAGCGUGUGUGGGAACUCGCGUGUGGAGGACGGAGAGGAGUGUGACCCCGGACUUCUGCACCUCAGCAAUGACCCCUGCUGCACUGCCAACUGCAAACUCCGGCCUGGGAAAAAGUGCAGUGACCGUAACAGUGCCUGCUGUAGAGAGUGCAUGUAUGAAAAGAAGGGGAAGGUGUGUCAGGAGCCCAUCAACGCCACCUGUAAGGGGAUGUCCUUCUGCACUGGGAACAGCAGUGAGUGUCCUCCUCCAGAGAAUGCUCCCGACAAGACGGUGUGCGUGGACAACGGCCAGUGUCAGAGUGGGGAGUGCAUCCCCUUCUGUGUGGCCUUCGCUAAGCUGGAGCCCUGCGCUUGCAAUGAGACCAAGAGCUCCUGUAAGGUGUGCUGCCGGAACAAGAACGGCGUGUGCACACCCUACCGCGACCAGAAGAAACAGCCCCUGUUUCUGCGCAAAGGCAAACCCUGCACCGUUGGUUUCUGUGAUGGCAAUGGUAAAUGCAAUAAACAGGUGCAGGAUGUCAUUGAGAGAUUGUGGGAUUUCAUCGGCAAGCUGGACAUCAACACAUUUGGAAAGUUCCUGGCGGACAACAUAGUGGGUUCGGUGAUUGCGUUCUCCCUGCUGUUCUGGAUCCCUCUUAGUAUUCUGGUGCACUGCGUGGACAGGAAACUAGACCAGCAGUAUGAGCUGAAGACCAAAUCUCUGUUUUACCCCAGUAACGCUGAGAUUCUGAGCAGUCUGGAUUCAGCGUCCCUGCGCAUCUUCAAGCCCCCUCCCUCUUCCCUGUGUGCAGCCCCCCCUCGCUUCCAGGCCUCAGGGCCCCUGCAGACCAGCACCCCCCCGAUCCUGGCCCCAGCGCCCACGCUGGCUCCACUCCUUCCGGCCGCCGUGGAAACGCCCCGCAUGGCCACCAUCCAGGAGGACCCCAGCUACGACUCACCACUGGACGAGCAGGUCCUGGAGGAGGACUUCUCGUCCAGUGGGGGUGGCACGGAGGCGCGCUCCUUCGAGGACCUGACCAAGAGCUCUCCGGCCAGUGGCGUGCGCAGCGACAAGGCCAAAUCAUUCCGGCUGCAGAGACAGGCGCGACUCAACAGCAAAGAGACAGUGUGCUAACUGGGAGAGAGUGAGAGAUAUAGAGAGAGAGAGAGGUAGAGAGAGAGAUAUAGAGAGAGAGGUAGAGAGAGAGAGAUAUAG